GUGCAGCAGACCACCCCAAGCACCGCCAGCGCAAGUGGCCUUCGCCGCCGAUGCCACGAGGGGGGCAGCGCCGCUGCCGCUGCAGUGGCUGGUGGGCACGUGGCGGGGCACGGGGCGUGGCCACUACCCCACCAUCCAAGGAUUCGAGUACGGAGAGGAGGUGCGGUUCUGGCGGGUGGGCGGAAAGCCCUUCCUCGCCUACACACAGCGCACCUGGACGGCCGAGGCGCCCCACAAGCCCAUGCACACCGAGUGUGGCUAUGUGCGCCCGCAGCCCCACCACCGCGCCGAAUUCCUCGUGUGCGACCCCACCGGCAUAGCCCAGGUGUACGAGGGAACAGCGGACCCGGAGCGUCACGCGCUGGAGGUGUCCAGCACUGCGGUGGCGCGCACGUCGUCAGCAAAGGAACGGAGGGGGCCUCCCCUUCGGACAUCGGCGUCCGCCUUGGCUACGAGGUGGAGAUGGCCGCCAUGGGGCAACCGCUGCAGCAGCACCUCGUGGGCGAGCUCGAGAAGCUGCAGGAGGAGGAGGAGGAGGAGCUGCAGCUGGGCCAGAUCUCACCCGACGCGCUGAAGGAGCAGCUCGAUGCCUACACCGUGGUGGAUGUCCGGGAGAGGGAGGAGUACGAGCGGGAGCACGUGGCGGGGGCCAUCAACCUGCCUCUGGGCCGCCUCCUCAGCAUGGCCGCCACCGACCUCGCCGGCCUGUUGGCGCUGCUGCCCCGCCAGCAGGUGGUGGUCUACUGUCGCCAGGGCUACCGUGGCGCACUCGCCCAGAAGGAACUGCACCCCCUUGGCGUCUCCCGUAUCGUCUACAAUCUGCAGGGCGGCUGGGAGGGGUGGAACGCCGCUGCGUGA